AUGAAAAUGAAAUUCAAAGCUGCUGUUAAUCUCAUCAAAUUUGUUCUCAAAUUGUUACCCAUAAAGAAAUGGAAUUAUAUUCACAUAAUAAGGCAGCAUUAUGGGUCAUUAAUUGGAAAAAAUGUAUUUUUAUAUGGAAAGUACCAGUUAAAAUUGUCAAAGACCAAGCUGGACUUGGACCUGUUAAGAACAUGCAAGCGUGAAAAGAUUAUACCAGAUUUCGUGCGAUUCAAGAUCCCAUCGACACAUCAACAUCAUCGACAGGCGAUCAAUAACUGUUACGAACAAAUGGUGAUCCACGAAUUGAAGCUCAAGAAAUGUAAGUUAUCGCGUUUGUAUCGAAUAAUUAGAAAUUUCAAAACGUUGAUCUGUCUUGACCUAAAUCAUCUUCACAUAUGUCGAGUAGAGAGAAUCAUUCAUAGAAUCGUAGCGUCAAAAGAACUAGAGAUUAAGGAAAGCCAUCAGAAUAAGUUAAAUAAGUUCCGUAAUAAACAACGUCCAGCAAGUGAACCAAACAAAUCUACGUUAUCACCAAUAACUAAUCUAUCGAAGCGGAUUCUAACUGAUAAAGAAAUAAGUAUUUUGGAAAAUGGUUUGAAUUUUGUAUUGCCGGCUGAUAAAUUCGACGAAAUGACAUUCAUCAGCAACAUUGAAACGUUUUUUGUUGAAUUGUUGGGUCAUUGUACUGAUAAAAGAGAUUAUGAAGAGAAAGAUGUUGACGAGGAGAUAAAAUAUAACCUGACGCCUAUUCAAUUGCAAUAUGCCAACAAAAUACGAUCCGUUUGUAAUAAUUUUCGUCACAAUGCCGAUAAAGUAAUGACAAAACAUAAACACGAAUCUGUUGAAUUCAAACGUAUCCUGAAUGAUCUAUCUAAAGAUAAAUCAAUUUUAAUUGCCAGGCCGGAUAAAGGCAAAGGAAUCGUAAUAAUUGACAAAGAAGAUUAUAAUAAUAAGAUGUUGCAAAUACUAAAUGAUCGGAAUACAUUUGAGAUUGUAGAAGUUGACGAAACCAUAACACAAGAAGAUAGAUUAAUGCGAAAAUUGAAACAAUUGCGAAACGAAGGAUUCAUUACCGAAAAAGAAUUCAAUUUUUGUCGUCCGAGAGGUUCUCAACCAGCGCGUAUUUAUGGUUUGCCAAAGAUCCACAAAUUAGGAGCACCACUUCGACCAAUUGUUUCAGCAUCUGGCACUUUUAACUAUAAACUUGCUAAGUUGUUGGCCAACAAAUUAGAUUAUCUGCGUAAAAAUGAGUCGAUCAUCAAGGAUACUUUCACCUUUGUCGACGAAUUGCGGUCAUUGAAAUUUGAUAACUCUCGGAUAAAACUAAUCUCGUUCGACAUCACCAGCCUAUUUACCAAUGUUCCACUCAAUCGUACUAUACAAAUAAUUCUCGAUAAAAUGUACGGGUCCGAACACACAUGUACCUAUAGUAGCUUGAAACGUGAUGACUGGUGUCGUUUAUGUAAGAAUCGAUACGAAAUGAAAUACCUACUCGAAACAUCGACGAAAGAAACCGAAUUCAUAUUUAACAACAAAAUUUACUCACAAAUCAACGGCAUUGCCAUGGGAUCUCCACUAGGACCUCUGUUCGCAGACAUAUAUGUUAAUUACCUCGAAGAAAGACUGUGGCCUAGGUUGAAAAGAAAUGGUUUAUUGUAUUGGAGACGUUAUGUUGACGACACUUUUGCGAUUGUUGAAAAAGAUGCCAAUGUUGAAAAGAUUAUCGAUAUUCUAAAUAGUUUUGACAACUAUAUAGUAUUUACAUUUGAAGAGGAAAACAACAACACUCUACCAUUCCUUGACAUUCACAUCACCAAAUUGCCUAAUAAUGUCAUAACCGAAGACAAAUAUUAUCAUUCUUAUAAUAAAUCCACCAACCAACCUGAUAGCAAACCAAAUACACCACUAACCCAUAAGUCCGCUGAGAAUAUGAUUACCCAGGUCAACAAAUCCGAUGCUGGAUCCGAUCGGAUCUUACCGGAUCCGACCAUCCGACAAAAUCCGAUCGGAUUCCUGGAAACGGAAUUGAAUUGGAAUCCGACUAGAAAAAUCCCGUCGGUUGUUGCAAAUUUUAUGAGCGAUCUUUCUAGCUAUUUUCUAUGA